AUGCGAAUUAUUGCAGACCAGCUUCAUCACAUCACUUUGUAAGCAUAUGGGUGAGAGUCGUAAGAGACGUAGGCGUGGGGGCAAGAAACGUUCUAGAAAUGACUUAACUGAGGAAAAUAAUUCUUUACCUACUCCGACUACUGUCGAGUAUAAACCCAUAUCUAAAGGCGAACCUUUGGUUCAGACGGAUUCUCCUCAACAUGACUUGCCCGAUCAAUCGAAUGAUGCGCCACAAAAGAAGCGAUGCAAAAUCGAAUCGUACGCCGACCCUUUUGGCUUGGAUGAGUUCUUCAAGAGCAUGCGAACAAAAAGUUCAGGUGAGUAAUGGGAAGACUAGUUUAGGGUUAGUUGAAAGGUUUGUGAGGAGGGAUUUUUAUUAAUGAGUACUUCAUUAAUUAUAUGUUCCUUCUAUAAAGGUGAAACAACGUCCGUCUACUUCAUAGUGCCGUGAAACAAUUGAAGUCGAAUCAUUCGCCUCGUAAAAGUAAAUAAACUUGAUUUUUGAUACAUUGAUGCUAUUAAAGCUCAUUGUUCCAAAUGAAAUGAACACUGUGACUUGUAUCAAUUAUUUUUUUGCAGGAACAGCUUCAUCGAAAUGCUGAUCUCGAGGAUGCUCGAAUAUUGGAGUUGGAAUUAUCAAAACGACGAGUUAGCGGAUACGGGUUAUUCAAGUGUUCAAUGAUAUUGUCACCAAAAACAAAUAAAAUAUAUAUUUAAACUGCAUUAAUGGUUUUGUUAUAGACAUUCUGAAACGACAACAGUCAUUUGUUCAAGUCCAUCUUUCUUCGUGUUCUGCUAUCCGUCAAUAUAGGAAAAUAUGUUCAUGUGAAAGGUUUUGGGUGUGAUUGCCGGAAAUUUUGAUAUCCAAAAUUGAGUAGUGUUAAGCGUCAAGAAAACUCAAAGAUGAGAUUUUGAAGGAGACCAGGCUUGAUUUUUGGGGCGGGCUCACUUAUCCUAACUAUUGUUCAGAAUUUCGACAACUUUCCAACAUCAAACCUCGGGAGAAAGUUCAGCUCUCAAAGAAAAUUGAAAUUUGCCGUGAAAAGCACAAAACUCAAAAUGGUCAAACGAUCAGCGUAUUCCCGAGGUUGAUAUUGCCCAAAACAAAAAUGAAGCCAGAACAUACCAUCAGUCGGGAGAUACCGCUCAAGCAGUGUUCAAUAAGGAAUUUUAUGUAUUAGUGUAUUGCGUUUGACUUCUUUACGCCAACUUUAGCCAGCAAUAACCAUGCAGAAUUCAAAAUGUAGAAGGUCCAAUUCAAAUAUCAAUUCGUGUUUGAGCAAGUAAAUAUCCGCGCAUAAGAAUCCAUAGGGAAGCAGUGUUUUGUACCCAACAUAGUGAAAGAAAAUGAUGUGAAGUUUCCAUUUCAAGUGCAUCAAAAGUUUGUUUGGUUGUUCGCGGAACAGGUUAGCCCUAAGCAGGAAUCUUUUCUCACAGUAAAAAGUUGCAGAAAACGUUGAAGCGAUCGUCAAGUGUUAA